GCAGCCUCAUUUACCAGAGGGAGCCAGGGCUGCAGCCGCAUCUGUUUGCGGAUCAGAACCCGAGCUGUGCUUGUGGCUGCAGCUGCUAACUGGCUGCGCACAGAAGCUGAGAGAAGAGGGUGGCAAUAAGUACUUUUGCCUCAUUCUGAAGCCUUGGAAGGAGCUGUCACCAUGCCUCACUCGUACCCAGCCCUUUCUGCUGAGCAGAAGAAGGAGUUGUCUGACAUUGCCCUGCGGAUUGUAGCCCCGGGCAAAGGCAUUCUGGCUGCGGAUGAAUCUGUAGGCAGCAUGGCCAAGCGGCUGAGCCAAAUUGGGGUGGAGAAUACAGAGGAGAACCGCCGGCUGUACCGCCAGGUCCUGUUCAGUGCUGAUGACCGUGUGAAAAAGUGCAUUGGAGGCGUCAUUUUCUUCCAUGAGACCCUCUACCAGAAAGAUGAUAAUGGUGUUCCCUUCGUCCGAACCAUCCAGGAUAAGGGCAUUGUCGUGGGCAUCAAGGUUGACAAGGGUGUGGUGCCUCUAGCUGGGACUGAUGGAGAAACCACCACUCAAGGGCUGGAUGGGCUCUCAGAACGCUGUGCCCAGUACAAGAAGGAUGGUGCUGACUUUGCCAAGUGGCGCUGUGUGCUGAAAAUCAGUGAGCGCACACCCUCUGCACUUGCCAUUCUGGAGAAUGCCAACGUGCUGGCCCGUUAUGCCAGUAUCUGCCAGCAGAAUGGCAUUGUGCCUAUUGUGGAACCUGAAAUAUUGCCUGAUGGAGACCAUGACCUCAAACGUUGUCAGUAUGUUACAGAGAAGGUCUUGGCUGCUGUGUACAAGGCCCUGAGUGACCAUCAUGUGUACCUGGAGGGGACCCUGCUCAAGCCCAACAUGGUAACCCCGGGCCAUGCCUGUCCCAUCAAGUAUACCCCAGAGGAGAUUGCCAUGGCAACUGUCACUGCCCUGCGUCGCACUGUGCCCCCAGCUGUCCCAGGUACUACCCAGCUCCCUAACCUGCUCCUAUCCCUAAGGCCCAUCUUCAGGUCCUUCUUGUGGCCUUCAGGGGUUCCCUAUCCUGGAAAAAUUGGGAGUGACCAGUCAGUUUGUCUUCUCUCCUCCACACUAGGAGUGACCUUCCUGUCUGGGGGUCAGAGCGAAGAAGAGGCAUCAUUCAACCUCAAUGCCAUCAACCGCUGCCCCCUUCCCCGGCCCUGGGCGCUUACCUUUUCCUAUGGGCGUGCCCUGCAAGCCUCUGCACUCAAUGCCUGGCGAGGGCAACGGGACAAUGCUGGGGCUGCCACUGAGGAGUUCAUCAAGCGGGCUGAGGUUGGGAGCUACAGGUGGUGGUGGGUGGGGGCAGCACCCAGAGGCUAUAGCCUGGCAGGGCUUGGCACCUGUGGGCUGGCUCAGCCUGCUUACUCCAUGCUCCCUUUUGCAGGUGAAUGGGCUUGCAGCCCAGGGCAAGUAUGAAGGCAGUGGAGAAGAUGGUGGAGCAGCAGCACAGUCUCUCUACAUUGCCAACCAUGCCUACUGAGUAUCCACUCCAUACCACAGCCCUUGGCCCAGCCAUCUGCACCCACUUUUGCUUGUAGUCAUGGCCAGGGCCAAAUAGCUAUGCAGAGCAGAGAUGCCUUCACCUGGCACCAACUUGUCUUCCUUUCUCUCCUCCCUUCCCCUCUCUCAUUGCUGCACCUGGGACCAUAGGAUGGGAGGAUAGGGAGCCCCUGAUGACUGAGGGCAGAAGAAAUUGCUAGAAGUCAGAACAGGAUGGCUGGGUCUCCCCCUACCUCUGCCAGCUCCCACAAUUUUCCCAUGAUGAGCUAGCUUCUCCCUGGGCUCUCCUUCUUGCCUGCCCUGUCUCCUGGGAUCAGAGGGUAGUACAGAAGCCCUGACUCAUGCCUUGAGUACAUACCAUACAGCAAAUAAAUGGUAGCAAAACA